UUCUUAAGAUGCCUGCCGGGAUCCUUUCGGUGUUUCUCUUCGGUCUUCUCACCUUGUCUUCAGCCUGCUACAUCCAGAACUGCCCUCGAGGAGGAAAAAGGUCCCUGCCUGAUGCAGAAGUCCGACAGUGUAUCCCCUGCGGCCCUGGCAACAGAGGGAACUGCUUCGGGCCCAACAUUUGUUGUGGAGAAGAGAUGGGCUGCUAUUUUGGGACUUCGGAGUCUCUGCGUUGCCUGGAAGAGAACUUUCUCCCUUCUCCCUGCGAGGCUGGUGGGAAGCCCUGCGGUGCAGGCGGGCGAUGCGCGGCCCCUGGCAUUUGCUGCAAUGAUGAGAGUUGCGUCACCGAUGCUGCCUGUGGAAAUGAGAACGGCGAGAGAGGACGGACGUCUCCGGAAAGGAAUUUGACCGGACUGGACGGCUCAACCGGAGAUCUUCUUCUCCGACUGAUGCAUCUGGCGAACAAGCAACAACAAGGAAAACCACAAUUUUAUUAAGGUGUCAGAGAGCCGGUAUUUGGUGCGCGUCCUGGGCUUAGAACCCAAAACAGCCCUGAGUGAUCCAAAGCCUAUAACUGUUUAAAAAUAAAAUUUAAAUAUACUCUGUUUAAUUUAAAAACCAGUUCUAC